AUGAAGACCCCGGCUAACAAAAGGAGUAAAGACAAGUAUUGUCGAUUUCAUCGAGAUCAUGGACAUGACACGGAGGAGUGCCAUCAGCUGAAAGAGGACAUUCAAGAGCUCAUCAAUCGGGGUUUCCUAAGGAGGUUCAUAGCUAAGGAUACUGAGCCACAAAGGGGCGAACGUCGGAGAUCAAGGAGCCCUCCCCGUAGACGUGGUAGAUCCCAGGAAAGGCGUAGGACCAGAACUCCGCCUAGGAGAGAGAGUCGCCAGAGGGAGGGAAGUCCUCCACAACAUUUAAUUUUUCACACUUUAGUGGCUGGGAUGGUGCCAGGAAAGGAGUCAGGAGAAAGUUCUGAUCUGCAUCGACACAUUGGUGUCAAAAGGGCUCGGCUAGGGGACGUUAUCUCUUUUACGGAUAAUGACUUGCCCGGGUAUUCGAUUUCUAAUGAUCCGCUGGCCUUCUUAGGCAUGGGAUACAAGAUGGAACAGUUGAAGCCAGCUCGGGUCCCUUUAAUUGGAUUAGACGGGGAAGUGUUGUAUGCGGAUGGUAUGUUUCAGCUCUUGUUGACUCUUGGAAAGGGUUCUCGGUCUGCCCAGGUCAUGUUAGACAUUUUGGUAGUAAAGGUCCCCUCGGCACACAACAUGAUCUUGGGGAGAUUGGGGUUAAAUGCUCUACGGGCCGUGCCGAGCACUUACCACAUGGAGCAGUUAGAACCCCAGGAAGAUUCAGGACGAGAACAGGGCCCCAAAGGGGGAGAGGUCGGAAUCUCCCCUCCUGCCACUGUCAGUUUUUUGCUUGAGGGCCUAGAGGACCCGAAGACUGUUGAGCCGGUGGAUGAGAUCGUAGAGGUACCACUGGACUCGGACUGA